AUGGGAUCGAGCACGCAUUCUCCGUACUCAAAACAUAAACAACAACGACCCAUUGAUGAGGAGCAGCCGGGAGGACGCCUUGAGUCGUCGAAGCAGCGACGGCGACUGAUUAUGACGCGCGUCCGCCCGCGCCGCGAUCUCUCUCGUCACCUCCUGCCAUUCUCAUCCUCCGGGACCUUCCAUCUUCCCCUCAGCCCGAUCCUCCUCAUCAUCGGUCUCCUCCUCGUAAACGGCGCGCUCUCCUGCAGCGAAAAGAAGCCCCAGAGUCGCGAAUCCGAAGCCGAAACAAACCAUUCCCCCGUGGAGCUCGAGGAUCCCCAACGGUGGAUGCAAACCAGUCCGUUGAAACGUUCCCGAUCGAGCAACGAUCUACGAUUUCCCCUGGCGGAGACCGAGAUCGCGAGCAAUUACUACGAGGUACGCAGACGCCACGAGAAGCGCAAGUUCCGUCGCGAGAAGGACGCGAAGAUCGAGAUCGAGGCGAAGAGGAAGAAGAAAACAGUCCACAAAUUGGACAGAAAGGCCACCUCGAGCUCCUCCGGGCCAGGAUCGGUCUUCGAUUGCGAAGAAUGCCAGCUCCGCUCGAACUCGAGGACCCUCCGGAGGAACAGGUCCGACAGAGUCGCGGAUAAUCCAGGAGAGAAGGACAACAAUGGGACGGAGAGUCCGGUCGAUCCGCCGGAAGUGAAUGGCGGCUCGCGGGCCUCGAACGCGAGCAACGAGGAGGAGCCUUUCACGGGCUUCGAAGGCUCACAGAAGUUCCCCAUAAAAGUGACGUACAAGCCGCCCGUCGCCCAUCAAGUGGAGAAGUUCGACAGAAGGCACUUCGGGCCGCCGAAAAUGGACGUCCCGGAGACCACCGCGUCGUCGUACUCUACUACGAUAUCUCCAGAUCUGCCCAAGAGCCCGGGCAGAGACGUUCUCCAUCGACAUCGGAAAGUCGACGACGCCGACGAGGAGGGACGCCAGGAAACGAUCGACGCCAACGAGAACGCGAACGACACCGACGAUUUCUGGCUGCCCGGCGCGUCUUCCGGCAGACGGUCCUCGAGCAUAGCCAGCGGGAAAUCCCCGUCGGAGGAGAAACGAGCCCCUGUGUCCUCGUCGACGUCUUAUCCGACAUUGACGUCCACCGUCGGUGAGAAGGAUUUGGAGAACGAAUCGCGCGUGGAAGAGGAGGAGGAGGAGGACAUUGUCACGGAGACGAACACGAAAUCGACGGACAAGGUGAACGUGACCAUCUUGGGGCUGUUCGAGAUGACGAGGGGCGCGGAGCCUAGACCGGAUGGCCCCAGCGAGCUGCAAGCUGCCAGAUUGGCUGUCGAGAGGGUCAACGAGAUGAACGUCCUGUCCAAGUUCAGGCUGCGUCUCAUUCACAACGACACCAAGUGCGACGCGGGCGUGGCGGUUGACAGAUUCUUCCACGCUAUCUAUUCCGCGAAGAAGGAUGACCUGAUACCGCUCUUGCUGGGCACCGCCUGUUCGGAGGUCACGGAAACGUUGGCCAAAAUCGUGCCAUACUGGAACGUGAUUCAGGUCUCCUUCGGGUCCACCGCGCCAGCCCUCUCGGAUUCUACCGAGUUUCCACUGUUCCUGCGAACUGUUGCGCCCGAUUCCAGUCACAACUCGGCCAGGAUAGCUUUUAUUAAGCAUUUCGGAUGGGAAGCCGUCACUGCACUCUCGCAGAACGGUGACAUGUACUCUCUGGCCGUGAACGAUCUGGUCACGGAACUGGAGCAAGCGAACAUCACAUGCACGGCGACCAUCACGUUCGCGGAGAACGAUUACAAGGAGCAGCUGCGGACUUUGAAAGAGUUGGACACGAGAAUCAUCAUCGGGAGUUUCUCACCGCGGCUGGCGUCCCGUGUUUUCUGCGAGGCGUGGAAGCUGGGCAUGCACGGGGGCGACUAUGCGUGGAUCUUGCCAGGCGACAUGAUCGACCUGUCGGGAAUGACGGGCAAUUGGUGGCACUCGGAACCCGAGGAAUGCACACGGUCGCAGCUGUCGCAAACUUUGGAUGGCUUGAUCAUCGUCCAGAGCUACGGAUCCGCCUUGGGAAACGAGAUUAGCUCGUCGGGCCUGACGAGCAGCAAAUUCAAAACGGAAUUGGCCAAGAGGGGUGUGACGCAUUCGAAAUUCGCCGCGCAGACCUACGACGCUGUGUGGGCCAUGGCCCUGGCCCUCGAAAGGGCCGAAAUCAUUCUGAACGAGGAGAAUACGAGCAUGACGGAGUACACGCACGCGAGGAAGGACAUCGCGACGGAAUUAUUGGAACAGCUGAAGCUUUUGCGUUUUGUUGGAGUCUCGGGACCAGUUUCGUUCGAUGGCGCCGAUCGAGUGGGCAUCACGGCGUUCUAUCAGAUGCACGGCCACGUCGCCAGCAGGAUAGCGAUUUUCAGCCCGGAAGAUGGAAAGCUGAUAAUGAAUUGUCCAAAAUGCGCGCCGACCAGAUGGCCCGACGGACAUCCCCCCGCGGCACAAAGGGUUGUUCGGUUAAGAGUGGUGACUGUAGCACCUGCGGCCUUCCUGGCCGUUACCUGCCUCGCCAGCGUCGGCGUCACCCUGGCGCUCGCGUUCUUGGCGUUCAAUUUGCACUUUCGCAGACACAAGGGCAUAAAACUCUCGAGCCCCAGGCUGAAUAAUAUGGCCGCUGUUGGCUGUGGUCUCGUCUAUGGUGCUGUCAUCCUUCUGGGUCUGGAUCACGCCACCCUUCCUGACAGCGACGAUUAUUAUCCUGCAGUGUGCACGGCGAGAGUGUAUCUGUUGUCGGCUGGCUUUUCCUUGGCUUUCGGCUCGAUGUUCACCAAGACGUAUCGCGUGCAUCGGAUUUUCACCAGAAGCAGAAGCGGCGUGGUCAAGAAUAAGUUGCUUCAAGAUACCCAACUGAUAAGCUUAAUUUGCGCCCUUCUACUGAUAGACGGUCUCGUGGUGACCCUGUGGGUGACGUUCGACCCCAUGCAGCGUCACCUGCGAAACUUAACCUUGGAGAUUAGCCCGCAGGACAGGGGCGUCGUCUAUCAAACUCAGGUGGAGGUGUGUCGUUCUCAGCACACGAACAGCUGGCUGGGCGCCCUUUACGUGUACAAAGGCUUGCUGCUGAUCGUCGGGGUCUACAUGGCGUGGGAAACGAGGCACGUAAAAAUACCGGCGUUGAACGAUUCGCAGUACAUCGGUAUGAGCGUUUAUUUCGUGGUGAUCACAUCGGGGAUCGUGGUGGUGUUGGCUAAUUUGAUGUCGGAUCGCGCGACCCUGGCCUUCGUCACGAUAACCGCCCUGAUCUUGGCUUCGACGACCGCGACGCUGGCGUUGCUGUUCCUCCCCCAGCUGGCGAACAUCCUGGCCGGGGAGAGGGCUGAUCCUGUCGUGCAAAGCCUCGGUUUGAAGAUCGAGUGCAACACAAGGAGAUUUGUGACGGACGAUAGAACCGAGCUUCAGUACCGCGUGGAGGUGCAGAACCGCGUGUACCGUCGUGAAAUGGCGCAGCUGGAGCUGGAAUUGGCCAGAUUGGAGAAACAAUUGGCACAGGAGCCCGUCGAACCAUCGCACGCUUCGUCGAGCGCAUCGAUCCCGCAACGCAAUCCUAGCAUCGGGGGCGGUCUGCCUUUGUUAUUGCUCAGUGUACUUCCGCCGGUCAUCCCAAGGGCUAGUUGGCCAUCCGCGGACCCAUCCGGGAUGCGUCGAGGUACCGUAGCGUUUAGCAGCCAACCGGACCUGGAGCCGAACGGACCCAGGAGGAGCCUGGCGGACAUUUACAAGCUCCAUCAACGACGGGAAACGGAAGGACCGAACCGUUUGGGAGUUUUUCAGAGACUUUUCGGCCUCUUUGGCAGUCGUCCCGCCAGCAGGAAAACGUCGACAGCCUCGUUCUCGGGAGUAGCGUCGGCACUGCGGGUUCACAUGGGCUACAUCGCUGGUCUGGUGCCAGGCACGAAAGCAGCGUCUACCUGUCAGGUUAACGCUCAAGGCACUCGUCCGCCUCAUCCCCGGUGUGGUUCCGGACCAAUAAUUAGUAUUACUAGCGAAGAAGAUCGCAGAUUAAGCCUGGGGCUGCGACGUAAAGAGAGCAGCGAGCCCAGAGUCAAUUUCAGCCUACCGCCCAAGGCGAGCACCAGCCAAACGUCCUCGCGGGAGAAAAUUCGCGGUUCGCCGCGAUUCCCCCAUCGUAUAGUACCGGCGAACAGUUUGAACGCCAUCGCGCCGGGUUCCUCGAUCUCGCAGUCCCAUCGAUGGCACUCGAUGGAGGACGCGAGGAAAACGAAGGUGGCACAACUGGCGCGGGGCUCGUCGUGCAGCCCCAGCUGCGACGUGUGGGCCACCCGCGAGGUCGGGAUCCCGUUGAGCGAGCUGGGUGACGGUAACCGGGCCAAGAAGCCGCCGGAAUCGUUGGUUUUGCCCUCCACGACCGAGUCGGACCCUCCUCGCGACCACUCGAGGAAAAGCUCCGCGGAGAACGACGCCCAGGGAACCCUCAGUCCGGCGGAAUCCGAGUUGAAAACCGCGCGAUCGACGUCCUCCUCGUCGUCCACGUCGACCAACGCCAGGACAUUCGCCGGCACGAACGACCAUUCGUCCUCCGAAUCGUCGACCGGUAUCCCGCGAUCGGACACAAGUACAAAUUUCGUUCAAGAACCGGAGGACCCGUCGACGAAUCCGGAAGUUGAGGAUGAGACGGAGGAUCGUGCGAACGCGUAAAGCGAAACUACGAAUUAUCGCGGGGGAGACGCUUCUGAAAUACGGCGGUCAACAGUCGAAAUCGAUCGCGCCGACCAUUUUAGAAUUACGAUCUACAGAAAUCAGGAAUUCUGUUAUCUUCCUAUCACUAGCCUCCCGGAUCUCUCGAUUGUGAUUUAAAGAAUUUUAUACGAUAAAUCGUUCGGUUUGCCAAAAUGAAAAGCAUUGGAAUUAAUAUGCUUCGAGAAUCUUAUAAUUCUAAAAUCAUCAUGGCGGUCGAUCUCGACUAUAUCUCUCUUUCUCCUAUCUCUAAGACGAAUGGCAUAAAAGAGGGCACAGGCAAAUUUCCAAAGAACACGACACCCGACUGUAUAAUCUUUACGUCUUUUCUCGGCGGGAAAGGAUCGUGCAAGUCCUCUGUUCACGCGACAAUCUUCCGUAAAUCGUGUCCACGUGGUGCAGGAUCAAGCUCAAAUUCGUCCGCGCGUUAAUUCGCCGCGGGUUCGAUGAACAUAAUCGUUGUUUUAAAUCCAAUCGUGUGUGUUCCUUAGUAAUUGUGCCAAAGACAAGAAUCCAGGACCCGUAACAGUAUACAGCUGAUCGACUUUAUGGAUUAUGGAGGGACCAAAGUACACCAAGUUCUUUUCGUUGACCCGAAAUUUAUUUUUAAUCGACGACGAGAGCCCGUAAAUGUUAAUGGAGGCAUCGUUUAACCGGCGAGCGUGGUCGUUCCCGACCGCACGUUUAUCGUACGCUGCAUAGUUUCCCAGAAGAAAAUAAAAAACCGACACGCUAACGCCAUCUGUCGGUGAACGCCGGUACUUUCGUUCUUUUCUUCUCGGAGCGUAACAAUGCGAUCUCGAAGUGGCGCGAAAUCGUGGAAUGCGAGCUGGGAGUACUCUUACAGGUCCAAACGUCAAAGUGUUCAGUGCCCUAAAACCCUUCCUUCAGUACCUGCACUCGGUGUAAUUACAAAAACAAAAACAAAAAAAAAAAAAUAUUUCUUCGUAAUACAGAACCAUGGAAGACAAAGAGUAACGGUAAUUAUGAAUGUCGGGGAA